AGUGUCUACUACUUGACACAAUUGAAGGCUUGCUAUCAACAGUGUUUUUCUUGCCAGUCGGUAGAGAGCGAAACAAACAAUAAACAGCAGUGCGCAGCUCAGCGUUAACUUCAAACAUGGAAGAGAAAGAGGAAGCCGUCGCAGUGAGACGGACCAGUUCAGAGCAGAGGAAGCUGCGUUCUCGUGAUGCGGCCAGAUGUAGGCGGAGUCAGGAGUCAGAGGUGUUUUAUGAGCUUGCCCACACUCUGCCCCUCCCCCGCAGAGUCUGCUCACACCUGGACAAAUCUGCCAUCAUAAGAGCUGCCAUCAGCUUCCUGCGGAUGCACCACCUCCUCCAACCAGCAGGUGAGAAGCAGAAAGAGGAGGAUCCAAUGGAUGCUUUCUAUCCUCAGGCGUUGGCUGGCUUCAUCAUGGUGAUGACUGAGGAGGGAGACAUGACCUACCUGACGGAAAACGUCAGCAGAUACAUUGGCAUCACACAGCUGGAGCUGCUUGGUCAGAGUAUUUACGACUUUGUUCAUCCCUGUGAUCAGGAGGAGCUCAGAGACCUGAUGGCUCCACGUCCAGGUUUGAGUAAGAAACCACUGGCACAACAGCAGAAGGAGAGGAACUUCUUCCUGCGCAUGAAGAGUACCCUGACCAGCAGAGGGCGCACCGUCAACAUCAAGUCUGCUGCCUGGAAGGUUCUUCACUGUACAGGGUACAUCCAUCAGUUCGAUGGCAGCUCCAGGUUGUCCCCUGCUGGCCGAGUGAUGACCCUGCUGUGUGAACCCAUCCCCCACCCAUCCAGUGUGGAAUUCCCUCUGGGCACCUGCACCUUCCUCACCCGCCACAGCAUGGACCUUUGUUUCACACACUGCGAGGGCAGGGUGACAGAGUUGGUGGGAUACAAACCUGAAGAUCUGAUUGGUCGCUCAGCCUACGAGUUUCAUCAUGCACUCGACUCUGAUCACGUCAACAAGAGCCUGCACACAUUGCUGUCCAAAGGUCAGGUGAGCACCAGACAAUACCGUUUCCUGGCAAACAGUGGUGGCUUUGUCUGGGUAGAGACUCAGGCGACCGUCCUCUACAGCAGCAAGAUGUCAAAGCCUGAGGCCGUCGUCUGCCUGAACUUCGUACUCAGUGCCGUGGAGCAGCCAGAUGUUGUUUUCUCCAUGGAGCAGAUCCGUCGUGGCCAGCCGGCUGAAGCUGAACCCCUCUCACCAGCGCUGGCACCAAAAGACUGCGGGACUUCUGACAUCUCUGACCCUGACAGUGAACAUCUCAUCAGCUCCAGCAAGACUCAGCGUGCAGGUUCAGAUCCCAGCAACAGUGCAGAGCUCUUCUUCAAAUUGAAAGAGCAGCCGGAGGAGCUUCUCCAGUUGGCUCCCGCAGCCGGAGACAUCAUUGUCCCGCUGUCAGGAGAAAAUUUCGAGCUGUCGUUCACCAGUCCAGCCAGUCCAAAGUCAGUGCCAGACAACCCUCAGGACCUGUGCACCCCACAGCUGCGAAAGCUCCUCUCACCCAUCUUCAGCCCAAUCACUCCACCGUCAUCAUCACAAGAAUCCUCUCCCAAUCCUAAGCAGAGCCCCUGUGAGGACGAGGUCCUGGACAACGGCGAGGUGGGCAGUUUCUUGGCUGUUUGGCGAGAGGACUUUCAGAAGACAGGACAAACACUGGAGUCUGUCUUUCCUAAGGACAUGGAGGAAAUGGAUCUGGAAAUGUUGGCUCCUUAUAUCUCUAUGGACGAUGACUUCCAGCUAACCGUCCUCAGCAGUUUGCCAGAGGAGGCUGACAAACCUCGGCCCUCUUGGCCUGAACCCUCGUCUGUAUCGCAUGCAAUUACAGUGAGCAGGAAACGGUGCCAUAACCAAGAUAAUGAGAUGCUGUCCCAGCUGAUGAUUCAGGAGAAGAGACAGAAACAUGAUCCUUCCUCAUUCGAAGAGGAACUUCUUCUAAGCCACAGACUACUGGGUUGUCUGGAGGUAACCGACCGAUCAGAUUUGUUCCUGGAGCCGGUACCUGGAAAGCACACAAAGCUUCUCACAGGCAGAGACCCUGUUCUGCAAGGCAUACAGGGACUUGGCGACAGUGCAGCUGUGAUGAGGAACAUUUUCACACCUCUUCCACCUGACCUGUCACCACCUCUCUCCCCCAUCACCUGAAGGAGCUCCUUUUCAGCUCCACUUCUGUGCUCAAAGCAAGAAAAUUAACGCUGCAUCUCUCUGCAGCAAUCUGGGAGCACGCAUAUAAACACACACGUGAACGUAAACUCACACACACACACCGUGUGACCUGCUGUGAGGUCCAACAUGACCUUGUUGCAUGUAGUUGAACCAGGAACAAUCUAUGUUGAAUGACAUGUUGUGAAGCACAUAGAGAUGCUGUUGACUCUCCUUAACCUAUCGCUGCGCAGUCGCAUGUUUUCCUUCUGCAUUAACCACUAUUUUCACUGAUAUAAUGUGAGGAAACUGUCAUUGUCAUCAGUGUGUUUCAUGGAAGUAGGAGAUGGUGAUAUUAAAAAGAAUCCUACAUGGAUUAAACACUGAGACAAAUCUUUGAAUGUAUUUCUCUGAGCAGCUAAAGUAAAUUUGUCGCAGCUUUUAACUUCAUCAAUUUUAAUUUGUUUGUGCGUCCAUCAUCAGUCAAACAUGAUGUUCUGCUUUGAGCCAACAGCCAUCAAAUAUUAACAGUUUUAUUCUUUUCUUCAGUGUAUUAAUCUGUUUUCUGUCAAAUUAUACAAACAAACUUGUUAUUAUCAGUGGCAUACUUUUUCAGUGGCAUAUUUUUAAAUCUUUUUAUACACUCUGAACUGUUAUUACUGUGUUAUGUAAUACAACAAUCAUAUCCAAAUGACUCUGUUUGUUUAAAUCUUCCCAUGGUGCCAGAUGCUUACCUUCCUCUACCUUUAGUAAAGGUUUCAGACACAUCAUUGUGAGUGUUAGUGGCAGUUCCAGACAUCAAUGUGGACUAAAACAAACCACAUAUAAAUAAAAUGCAGUCAGAUCAUAAUUUAAUACAUGCAGUGGGUUAACUUGCAGUACAUGCAUCAGCUUGUUUAUGUACUCACUAGAAGUAUUUCAAUCAGGAGAGACUUGUACUGAGAGAAAAGAACAUGUAUUGACAUCUGCACACAAGUAUGAGACCUGUGAAAAGUCUUUGGUGAUUAGACCCCAUUGUGAUGUCAUCUAUUCCAGUGGGGUGGUAAAGAGUCUAGACGCUGGUGGUGGUGAUGAGAUGCGACGAAGAGGGAUUUGAGGAUCUGGAUGUGUAGAGGAGCAGGCUUUUGAUGUACUCAUCUUGGGCUCUGGAUAACUAGGAAAAGGAACACACACAUUCAGCUGAUUGGUGGAAGCUAUGGGAGCGGGAUAGAGAAUUGUGAAUGGAUGUAGCAUAAAGAAAGUCUUCCUGACUGAACUUAAGCUAAGCUUCAUAAUAAAAACACUAGUAUGGCUGUUUUAGUCAAAUAUGAGUUUGAAUUUUAUAACUUGUAAUAAAUUGUGCCUUAACCUAUACAGCGAGGGUAGACGAAAUAUUGUGAUGGUGCUGAGGCUGUACUCUAGUCAGAAUUAUGCCAGCCAAAUCAGAUUUGGCAGUUCAAUAUGAAUAUAAGACUAGUUGUUUCUUUUUUUUCUUAUAUAGAGUUUGAGAGUUUGAACAGGGCUCAGCGGGAUGUUUAGUGUGACAUUGAUAUUCAUUAGUGAACAAGCUACUGUUGUAUUAAGUUGCUGUGAGCUGUAAAUUCAACACUUCUAUGCAGAGGAUGGAAGAUAUGACAUUAUCUCAGAGCUUCACUGCGAAAAAGCCUCUCCUUUGGGCAGCUGCCUGUGCCAGAGAGCAGCGUGAAAGUGAGGACUGCUCACUGCAGCUAAAUCUGAAACAUUUACAGAAGUACAAUGAACUCUGUGACAAUAAAAGAGUUGAAAGAAUCUCGGUCAACUGAGGGGUCCCCAACUGAUUUUUCGAAUCUCUGUCUUUCAGGGAGCAGCCCGAGAUGGUGCUACACUUUUUAUUUUGCCUCAGACUACAGUUGUUUUCUACAUAUAAACCCACAAAAUGCUCACUCUGUUUGAGAAGUGCAAACUGUCUGCUCUAAUUCAAUGUUCAAGUUCUUUGUGGCUCUGAUCAUCCAGUGAAAGACAAAUUAAAUACACUUUGUUUUUACCAUGUUAUCCUGUAACCAUGCUUAAACUAAAUAAAGCUGAUGAAGUCAAAGCAGAA